AUGAGAAGCAGUAACAAUAAUGACAUAAUGGAGACUAGUACUUCUACAUACACAAAACCAUUAAGUGGAAGCAGCACAUAAAUGAAGAAAAGGGCGGAGAUGAAACAGUAGCAAGAAUUCUCAACAUCUUCCACCUUUAACGAUAAGGAUAACGCUGACAAAAACAAAAAUUAUACUCAAAAUAAUUAUGGAAAUAUAAGUCCAUCAGCUGAAGAAACUGAGGCUCAGGCAGAUGAUAUCAAUCCAGUUAGUAAAGGGUCAAUAUCAAAAGAGCAAACUGAUAUUAAGAACUAGGACGCAUUUUUUGAGGAUUCUCAAAUCACUGGGCUUUCUAAAAAACCAAACUUCUCAGUGGUGUGUAUGUUGCCAUCAAAGUAGCCCCGAGCAAUUAACAAUAUGAUGAAUCUGAAUAAAGACAAGAAACACCAAAUUAUCGAGUAACAAACUCUUGAAAGAAUACUAUAAGUGUAAAAGGAUUAUAUGUAAAAUAAAAGUGGACCUUAUUAUAUGAGUGGUAACUCUCAUAAGCAAUAUAGAACCACACUUUAAUUAGACAAGAUUGGUCUGUGCGGCAUUCCAUCUCUUUGGAUGUAAAAAGAAGAAUUAUUUCGUGAGAAGCACAUGACUUCAGAAGUAUUUAAUGAGAGAGAACGAAUAGAUAAAGUUCUGAGAAUCCUUUAAAUCCAUAAAAAGUAUGAAAAUGAGAAGUAUUUUGGGGGAUAAGGAAUUUACAAAAGAGGUGUAUAAGCUCUAACAUAGGUUCAAGGCUGUUAGAGUUUCCUGAAUCAGGAUUUUGUCGUGUUUAGUACUGAUAUACUUAUACAAAAGCAGAAAGGGCUGAAUAAGGAUGAUAAGAUUACGAGUUUAGUCAAGGAUGAGGGAUAGAUCACUAUCAAUGGUGAUAAUUAGUAACAGACAUAAGUUUUCCCUCAGAUCAGGAACUUCGACAAUCCUGAGUAAUUUUUAUUCAAGAUUCUUUAAGCUGAAGCAAAAUUAGUCCGAAUGAUACUAGAAUCACAUGGGUUUCUACAUACUGAAUCAAAUGACUGGAAUAUUUUGUGGACCUGUACUUCUUCAUAGCAAAAAACGUUUAUGUACGAAAACUUGAAUGAAAACUAGAAAAUAAACCACUUUGUAAAUUCAUCAGAAUUGACAAGAAAAGAUCGAUUAUGCUUUAAUGUUGGUAAAAUGCAAAUGAAAUUUGGCAGGAAUCACUUUGAUUUCUUGCCCGAAACCUAUAUAUUGCCUGAUGAGUUUUCUGAAUUUUACAAAACAUUCAAUUCUGUACCCAAGGAUAGUAGCGACAAAAAUCUCUGGAUUGUAAAGCCUUCAUCUAGUUCUUAAGGAAAAGGAAUAUUCAUGAUAGAUGAUAUAUCAGAAGUUCCACUUAAUGAAUCCUUAGUAAUUAGCAAAUAUAUUGGCAACCCUCUUCUUAUAAAUGGUUUGAAAUUCGACUUAAGGUUAUAUGUAUUAGUUACUAGCUUUGAUCCUCUUAAGAUCUACAUAUAUAAUGAGGGCUUAGUGAGAUUCGCCAGCGAGCCUUAUGAUAUUAGUAAUACUAAGCAAAACGUAUUUGCUCAUUUGACAAACUAUAGCAUAAAUAAAAAGAGCGAAAAUUUUAUUCAGAAUAAAAAUAUUGCUUAGAGAGAUUUCGGUAAUAAAUGGUCUCUCUCGGCACUGCAAAGUCAUCUUUAAAAGCUAGGCAUUGAAAUGAAGAUAGUCUGGGAAAGAAUCUAUGAUUCAGUUAUAAAAUCUCUCCUUAGCAUUGAACAUCACGCGUAUAACUAGCUCAAGAAGAUCUAGAAUGUGAAUAACACCCAAAAUAAAUCCAAUAGCUUUGACUUAUUCGGAUUUGACAUUAUUCUAGAUUCUGAACUUAAACCUUGGAUUCUUGAGGUUAACCUCUCUCCAUCUUUAGCUUUUGACUCGCCUCUAGAUUUCCAUAUAAAAUCCAACUUAAUUGUUGAUGCCUUGAAUAUUGUCGGUAUUAAGAAGUUCACCAGAAGGAGAGAUUUUAUGGGAAAAUAGCUCAAAGUUAAAACUUCUGGGAAUAUUGUAAAUAAUUAGUAACUGCAACAAUAAAACAAUGCUAACAACGACCCGAAGAAAAGAUAUCAAUCUGCCUUGAAUAUAAGUUAGCUUAAUAAUCACAAUGUCAAUUAGCUGAAUAAAACAGACACCACAGGGAUGACUAUCUAAAACAAGUAGAAUCUUAUAGUAGAUUAAGCAAUAUUGAAAAAUCAAUAUGAGGGUAUCGACAUAUAACAUGUAGACAAACUCUCUAAAAUAAGUGCAAAACAUAGAGAGCUAUUACGAGAUCAUUUGGAGGAAUUCGCAAGAAAUAGAAAGAAUAAUUUCACUAGGAUAUACCCAGCCCCAGGUUCUAGUUGCUACGAUUAAUAUUUUGAGCAGCCAAGGUAACUCAAUAAACUGCUGUAUAAAUAUCUAUAUCAGUAAAAUGAUCUCUAAGACAUUAUAAAUCAAAUAAAUAAAUCUCAGCAGCAGGUUCAAAAAUAGUUAUCUGAACCUUAUAGUGAUGCAUAUUUAUUAAACAACAACUCUAGUACUAAUAGUAUCUAAAAGUAAGAAAAGCCAUAGGCAAUACCUUAACAGUAUCAAACUUUUAAGGUGACCACAUCUGAAGUAGAUCUAUAACAUAGAUAAAAUAGAUCAUCUUCAAUGUCGAGUAUAAAAAAUCUCAGUAGCUCGAAUAUAAAUAUUGGUUCACCUGUGUAACUUAAAACUCCUCCUAGCGAAGAUAAGUCGAUCGAGGAACCAAUUAUGAGUCCUUUAUCUAAGAAGAGGUUUGAAGAAAAGCGUUCUACUACUAGUAGUAAGAAGAAGGAAGUAGAACAGCCUCUAACUUCAGAUAAAUUAAGGACAAAGGAUUUAGAUACCGAUGAUUAAGUAAGCAUUGAGGACAAAGUGACAAUUACUGGUGAUGACAUUCUUAUUGAAUACGUCAAGAGGAUUAUGCUAGCAGUUAAGUAGUACAGCAAUGAAAUUACACAGUAGACAACAAAGAAAAUUGAGUAGUUCUUACAGCAUAAAGUGUGGUACUCGAAAAAUCAGUAAAACUGA